AUGUAUAAAUCAGGAUUAAGAGCAGCAUUCAAGCCACCACGGCGUAUUGAUCUGUCUCAAUCGUCAUUAGACGCGAAAUCAAGCUCUCCUGCCCCAAUUAAUCAAUGUGUUGAUGCCAAAGUAUCGCAAGAUAAAGAAGCCAGUCCUUAUCGCGCAGCAUCCAGCGAGCUGAGCCGCCAGGCAUAUAAAAGGCCGAAAAUUGGCUCAAAUGUCAUGAAAGCUGAAGACUCGCCCAGUGUUUUAGCGCCUGGUCCCAAAGAUGAGGAAUCGGUAAGGAUGUAUAUGGUUCAAUGGAGAAAGUUCACCAAUAAGAAGAAUAAAACGUGGGAUGGAGAUGGCUUAAUAGUCGUCAGUAGUUCGGGUAUUACAUUCAAAUGCGAUGUCAAAGGCAAUGGAAAUUAUAAGCAAAUGGGGAAAACGUCGAAGACCAAGACUGAGGGAAUCAUCGCAUUAGGGUCCUACGAACUAGAAAUAGAUUACGAGAUUGCAGACAAAACAACCCUAAACAAUUCCCAAGACGUAGGUCAAGAAAAUAAAGUUCCCCUGCAUCAUAUUCCAGCGCCGCCUAGAAACCAGUUUAAGAAGGUAGUCCCCCUAGGAAUAUCGAAUGCACAGAGUACUGCUAGAGUUUCAACGAGCAACCGAAACCCUCUUUAUGAUCCUGACGCAGAGCAUUCUCUUAUUAUGACCAGACCACCCAAUAAAACGCGUGAAGAAACUAUUGAUGUGGUAGUCGACCCUGUUCUUUCAAGAUUGCUAAGACCCCACCAACGUGAAGCAGUUUCUUUCGUCUACGAGUGCUUAAUGGGAUUCAAGAAUUUCAAAGGAAAUGGUGCUUUACUCGCUGACGAAAUGGGUUUGGGAAAAACCCUUACCACAAUUACACUCAUAUGGACCCUACUAAAACAAACCCCUUAUUCUGAAGAUAUAUCUCCAAUUUGUAAGAAGGUAUUAAUUACUUGUCCUGUCACAUUAAUUGGUAACUGGAAAAAAGAAUUCAAGAAGUGGUUAAACAUCAAUAGGAUUGGUGUUCUCACUGUAAACAAUAAACAAAAUGCAAGCAAGGAUAAACAGGAAAUUAAAAGUUUUGGUAAGACUAGAAUAUAUCAAGUCUUAAUAAUGAGCUACGAAAAGGUCUUAUCAUGUCAAAAUGAAUUAUCAACUAUCGACUUUGAUAUGCUAGUCUGUGAUGAAGGUCACAGGCUUAAGAAUAGCUCGAAUAAGGUUUUGAAAGUCCUUAAUGACAUGAAUAUAUCAAAAAAGGUUUUGCUUACAGGAACGCCAAUACAGAAUGAUUUGGUAGAAUUUUAUAAUAUUAUAAAUUUUAUAAACCCUUCUGUAUUGGGUUCGUUCCAAUCUUUCCAAAAGGAUUUCAUUAAGCCAAUUCUCAGAUCAAGAGAAGUAAACUGUAUUAAUAAAGAUACAAUAAAACGAGGAGAAAUCAAAUCUAACGAGCUAAUCGAACUAACUAAAGAGUUUACAUUGCGUCGUACUAGUAGUAUUCUUUCGGGUUAUUUGACAGAAAAGACUGAUAUCAUUUUAUUUUGUCCGCCCACUGAACUUCAGAUAGCGUUAUUUAAAUUUGUAUUGGAUUCUAAGAAAUUUAAUGCAUUGCUAAGAGAAGAUAAUAACUCGUUGACUUUGAUAACUUUGUUCAAGAAAAUUUGCAAUUCUCCGAGUUUAUUGUUUCAAGAUAAACUAUUUAACUCGUUAAUAGAGAAUGAACACGAUUCUACUAUUGAUUUAACCACGUUGUCGAAAAAGACUGCAAGUAGCAAAGUCAACAUUCUAAUACCUUUACUAAUUGAGAUUAAUCAGAUUGGUGAUAAGACAGUACUUAUAUCUAAUUAUACACAAACUUUAGAUUUACUUGAAACUAUUUUACACAAGCUAAAUAUAUCAUUCCUGAGACUAGAUGGCUCAACUCCAAAUAAAUUACGGGAUAAGCUAGUUAAUGAUUUCAAUAAGCAACCUGUACUGACGAAUUCAGUUUUCUUAUUAUCCGCAAAGUCUGGGGGAGUAGGAUUGAACUUAAUCGGAGCAUCAAGACUAAUUCUUUUUGAUAAUGAUUGGAACCCAUCGAUUGAUUUACAGGCAAUGGCACGGAUCCAUCGAGAUGGACAAACAAAGCCUGUAUUUAUUUAUAGAAUUAUGACCACAGGUUGUAUCGAUGAAAAAAUCUUCCAACGUCAAAUGAUGAAGAAUAACCUAAGUGAUAAAUUCUUGGAUAACAAAACCGAUUCAAAACUGAAUUUAUUUGAUAUGAAUGACUUGAAAGAUUUAUUCACAGUUAAUGAAGAAACGUUAUCUAACACGCAUGAUUUAUUGCAAUGUGACUGUUCUGGCAUAGGAGAAGAUAUCAAUCCUCUUUCAAUUGAUAUUGAUUCGGACGAUGCCGAUGAAGAAACUAAUAACCCUGGAGGCUGGAUUACAGCAUUGGAUUAUAAACAAGAAGAUCAAAAACCGAAAAGGCAGCAGGCUAGUAUGAUCAAUGCUUUAAUUGAUUAUAAGCAUUAUAAUCCUGUUAAUGUAUCUGAGCAGCUAGAUUGUGGUGACAUGGUUACAAAAAAUAUAAUUCAGAAGUCAAAGGAGAGAUCAAUGCCAAUACCAAUUACAUAUAUGCUUACUAAAGUUACAAAUUGCACAUCAGUAUAG